AUGUCUCAGCCUGCCAGCACAGUUUCGAAACGUGUGACGACCCGAGCUAAAAACGCAACUCAGCAUCCAGGUUAUAUCCUGACCGGGGGCGAAGGCCACGUAAAGAGACAUACCAAAGCUCAAAAGGCCGCUGACGAUCAGCGCAAAGAAGAGGAAAAGAGGGCAAGUGAAAUGGCUGAACUUGAAGCACAUAACCAGAUUGCUGCUUUUCAGAAACAAAUGGAGGCAGAUCAAGCUGCUAAACAAGCUGAUGCGCCGAAGCCUACUCGUCCCUGCCCACGCCCUGUUAAAAAGGCUGUAAAAGCCACGGAGACCUCCAACUCGACUAUGGCUGAGGAUAAGGCCAUUAGCGCUGAUGGCAAGGGUGGUAGAGCGGGAGGUAAAUUAGCAACCGGUGCUAACGUUGAACAUCCUGAGAGUGAUGCUGAGGAAGAGGUGCGAGUGCCAGGGUCACGCAAGAAGAAGGAGAAGAGGAAAGUGUUGCCAGUGAAGAUGCCUGUGAGAGAUGCAAUCCAAGCUGCGGGCCUUAUCGAUGAAUCAAUGAUGGCACGUGAUGACGAUAAGAAGCUUGAUGAUGUCUCUACUAAAGAUUAUGGUAUUGCUGCCAAGCGCAUCUCGGGUUGGAGGACUGAUAUUCCUCCUGCUGGUUCAAAGCCAUCCUCCGGCUUGAGGAAAAAAUUAUCUACGAUGCCUUCCAACUUCUCUAGUACUGCUCCCUCCUCUAAACUAACUAUGGGGAGUACUAUUAGUAGCGGUGGUGCCCCACUCACACCCAUCGACACAAUCGCCGAUGCUGGGGCUGACAACAUGGCAGAUCGUUUUACGACCCUAUUUGCAGACGAUGAUUUGGACGAAUCAGUCGAGCGCUCUCAAGCCCUUGCCCGUAUGUCUAAACCAAGGGCUGCUCAGGUGAGUUCAAUUACCCAGUUCUUUUUAUUGUUACAAACCAUUCACGCCUAUCGAAACACCAAUCUGACUCCUCGACAGCCCAACACAAUUCAGUCUGAUGUUGUUGCCGACGAUGAAAUGAACAUUGAGGCGGCUCCCCCAGUAGUAGCUUCCCUCGUUAACUAUGGAUCCGACAUGGAUAUGGAAUCUGACCUCGAGCCUCCUCCUUCUACGCAGGUCCCCAGAGGAUAUUAUGAUGCUGAUAUCCGUCGAGCUGCAGCUCUCGCUCGAACUCAAACAUCCCACUCUACCGAAGAUGCACCUUCAUCUGAUAUUGAAUUUGUGAAUCACGUCAAGCCUGUGGUGGUCAAGACCAAAUCCGAACCAGUAUCCUUGCGGAUCACUUCUGCGACUAAUGUUGGCGUCAAACACAGAGCUCCUGUGGCAAAGCGGACAAAGUCUUCUAUCACACACACUCAUAGUCUUUCCAGCAUCUCGAGUGCACUACUUGGGGCGCUGUUGACAGCCACAGGACGGUCACACACGCAAAGGGCGCCCUUAGUCUUGCCACUGCGGCGGCAUGUAUAUUCAUUCUCUCGUCAUACCAUGACUAACUCAUUUCUCGUCUUUCAGAUGGAAUGUGCCCUCGAUAUUUUCAGUGGGGACACGCGCGUCAGUGAACUGAAAGUCAACAGCAAAGGAAAGGCCAUCAAGGUCCCACACACCAUGAACAAAGCCUCGGGCAAGCCCAGUAGUGCUCUCAAGGUGUUUUCAGACACGAACUACGGUGAGGUGACCAGGGGAUACAUGAAGUCUAUCAACCGCCUCCGAGAGUCGGUCAUCCGGGACGUCUGGGAGCGCACCAAGGACAUUGCUGCGAAGAGGCGUGGUGCACCCACUGCUCUCGACAGCGAGGAUUCUGACGAUGAGCGUGCACUCAUCUACGACGACUGGUAG